UGCACGUCAGACGCACCAAUUUAAAGAGCGCCACAUUGUUUCCCCCCCGAGUGUCACACUACUUUGUGUUGGGUUGUUUUUUUUUGUGUGUAACCGCACCUUUCGCUCCGUGUCCCCCCGCUGCUGCCCCUUGGAGAGACAAAGCAGUGUGUGAGGAGGAGGAAAAGUAGCUGAAGUGAGAGAAGAGAGAAGUCCGUGGCUACAAUUGGCAGCAGGUGUGAAUUCAUGUCUGUAUUUCCUCCACAGAUUUACUGCCCAGUGUUUGUGCCCAGCCAAGAUAUGACUGAGGUGAUGAUCAACAGCACCCCCAUGGAGGACAUGAGGCUCAGUCCCAGCAAGGACAGACUCUCCUUCCAGAUAUUCCCUGAUCCCUCGGACUUCGACCGCUGCUGUAAGCUCAAAGAUCGUCUGCCGUCCAUCGUGGUGGAGCCCACAGAGGGCGAAGUUGAGAGCGGAGAGCUUCGUUGGCCUCCGGAGGAGUUCCUGGUCAGUGAGGAGGAAGAGGAGGAGGAGGAGGAAGAAGAACAAGAGGAGGAGGAUGAUGAGGAUGAGCACAUUAACGGCUGCAUCCAAAAUGGACAUCCCGUGCAGAAUUCUCAGCACUAGAGCGUGAAAACCAUGCUCGCUUGCUCCGUUUCCUUCUGAUCGACUCUCUCUUUCACACACUGGCUACACUUCACCUGAGCUCUCGGCAGAUAAAACUGGCACUCUCACUGUCUCGUGAUGCCAUCUCGCCGCCCUCAACACCAAAGCAUCACUCCCACAAAGAGAAGCAAUACACACACACACACACACACGUGCAAUUAAAUUCUCCUGGUCUAAAAAAAAAAACA